AUGCUAGACUCGGCAUCUUUUCCGAUUUCGUCGGCACGGAGUGCGGCCUGGGUCGUCCAGGGUUGCGGUACGGACAAGGAGGAUGUUAUUGCUGGUUUUUCUCAGUCUUCCCGUGGCUAUCGCAAACUUGACUGCCAGUCUGGGUUAGGUGCCUAUCCGACCUUGACUUGCCACCAAGGAGCUACAACGCAGGCUACUAAAUUCGUUAAAGAGAAGAUUAAAAUGAUUAGGUACAUGCAAUUCUUGAGCCAGCACAACCAAUCCAACGGCAUCCCUGCCUACGCCAACGUGCUGGGGAUGCAAAGGUCAGCGACAUGUAUGCAUAACCAAUAA